UCUAUAUAUGUAUUUUCCGAGCUUUCCUCUUGGGUGAUGAAACUUGAAAUUGUCAACAAUUUCUCACGUAUUGGUCAUUCGAGAAAAAAAUAUGCAGCCUGGUUAUUGGUUUCCUCCGUUGUUGGCUCUCUUCCUCGUUUUCUUGGUAAAGGUCCAAUGCUCCAUUCGACAACUGAAAGUUGAAGAAUUCCAAAUCAAACUUGACAAAAAAUUAGCAUUUUCCACGCCAUCUGCACAAUCCACAAAUCCCAUAAAGAAAGAAGGAAGGGUAUUGUAUCCAAUCGGGUAUGGAGCAGACCCGACGGGAGAAGAAGACAGCAACAGUGCAAUAAUGGAGGCUAUUGGUGAUGCCCUUAAGUUGCACAAGAAUGGGGCCGAGCUGCUGCCUGGGAUUAAGGACUUGGGCGGCCUCAUCGUUGAUCUUCAAGGUGGUGAUUUUAAGAUCAGCACUCCCAUUGUUUUCCCUUCCGGCGUUGGAAAUCUUGUGUACUGGUAUGGCCUGGUGACAGGUACAGGGCGGCACAUUGCGAGCAUCCGACACAUUUCCAGGCAACCGACAUCUAAUUGAGCUUGAAGAUGAUAGCAAAGACAAGCCCGGGGUAAUCCAUUACGAGGAUGUCACCUUCCGCGACAUCCUCUUCGACUCCAGCUUCCGGGGAGGAGGGGUGAUGGUGGUUGACUCUGCCAGAAUUCGCGUCACCAACUGCUUCUUCCUCCACUUCACCACCCAAGGGAUUCUCGUCCGGCGAGGGCACGAGUCCUUCAUAUCCAACACCUUCCUCGGACAGCACCCCACAGUUGGCGGGAGUUCGGAGGAGAAGGGGUUCUCCGGCACGGCGGUCGAUCUGGACAGCACCGAUAACGCCGUCACCGACGUGGUCAUCUUCUCGGCCGCCAUCGGCGUCGUGUUGAGGGGCCAGUCUAACAUGAUCACCGGCGUGCAUUGUUAUAACAAGGCCUCAACUUUCGGCGGGGUUGGGAUUCUGGUCAAGGCGGCGCAGAACAGGAUCGACGAUUGCUACUUGGAUUACAACUCCAUCGUGAUUGAGGACCCUCAAUGGGUGCACAUCACGAACGGGUACUUCCUUGGGGACGCUAACGUCGUGUUGAAGUCGGUUUCGGGCCGGGUUUCGGGCCUGAACAUUGUGAACAAUAUCUUCAUUGGAGACCCGAACCGUAUGGUACCGACUGUGCACAUUGAUGGUGCCUUCAAGGACGUCAACCAGGUGGUGAUUGACCACAACAGUGUGAAUGGGAUGAGACUCAAGUCCACGACGGGGAGAAUGACGGUGGCCGGGAACGGGACGAGGUGGGUGGCCGACUUCUCACCGCUUUUAGUGUUCCCCAACAGAAUAAAUCAUUUCCAUUAUUCGUUCUAUAGUAAAGGAGGAGGAGGAGGAGUUGGUGAGUUUCCGGUGCAUGCCGUGACCAACAUAUCGCGGAAUAUGGUGGUUGUAGAGAGUGAGAAAGCUGUUCAAGCUCUGGUCUCAGUUUUAGUUGACCAGAAUAAUAUGUUUGGGGAUGAAAAUGUAGUGGCAAUCUAGUUAGCUAUGUAGGGGAAUGCGUUAUUCUACAAAACAUUCAUUAUAUAUGGGGAUAUUUGAUGUGCAAUAUUGUUUAAAUAAAAGUAAAUUCUAUGGUACCCAUAAGGUACCAUACCUUUAUCCACAUGUACCAAU